UUAAUUUUUGUGCAUAGUGUAAGACAGUGAUCCAGUUAUUUUUCUUUUUUUGCAUGUGUGGCUGUCCUAUUUUCCCAGCCCCGUUUGUGGAAGAGACCACCCCUUUACCCAUUGUGUAUUCUUGGCUCCUUUUCCAGAAAUCGAUUGACCAUAUAUGUGUGGGUUUAUUUCUAUUCAGCUCUCUAUUCAGCUCCAUUUAUCUACGGAGCAGUUUUUAUGCUAAUACCGGGCUGUUUUAAUUACUACAGCUCUGGAAUGUAGUUCAAAAUCAGGAAACUGUGAUGCUUGUGGCUUUGUCCUUUCUCAAGAUUGCUUUGGCUAUUUGCGUUCUCUUGUGGCUCCAUACAAAUGCAAUAUUGUUUUGUCUUGUUUUUUUUGUUUUUUUUUCUAUUUCUGUACAAAAUGCCUUUGGAAUUUUAAUAGAGAUUGCAUGGAAUCUGUGCUUUGCUUUGGGCAAGGAUAGCGUUUAAAUCCCACUGAGAGCAAGGUAGUUUAACAAAUGGUGCUGGCAUGAGGAACUCUCCCAUCUGUCCAAAACAAAAACCCUAGUUCUUACGCACAGGAGGAAAACUUCCAGAAAUAUGGAAAUUUUAAGUGAAUGAAAGAAGGCAGGCGAACAUCUGACUCCAGGAUGCCCCAGACUCGUCCCAGCCAGAACCCCGGAGGGCCGCCUCUGGCAUUCAGCCUCCCUGAUUGGGUCCCAAGGUCUACGUCGCAGGGUGUCCAGCCAAUGAGGGUCGGGCAUGGACAGCGCCCUCAGCCAAUGGGGCCAGGGCGGGAGAUUUGAAAGGGCCUCGACGGGGGCCCGGCCCGGCAGGUUCAGUCGUUUGCCCGCGGCCAGGGGGUGGCUGUGCCACGGGCUCCAGCUCUCCUCCCCUCUUCCCUCUAACGAUGACCCAGAAGGAGAACGCCUACCCCUGGCCCUACGGCCGGCAGACGACUCAGCCUGGCCUGAACACCCUGCCCCAGAGAGUCCUCCGGAAGGACCCCGCCACCCCGUCUGCACUUGUCCUCAUGAGCCGCUCCAAUGGCCAGCCCACAGGCUGUCCUUCACCAUCGACGACUUUGAGAUUGGGCGUCCUCUGGGCAAAGGCAAGUUUGGAAAUGUGUACUUGGCUCGGGAGAAGAAAAGCCAUUUCAUCGUGGCUCUCAAGGUCCUCUUCAAGUCUCAGAUAGAAAAGGAGGGCGUGGAGCACCAGCUGCGCAGGGAGAUUGAAAUCCAGGCCCAUCUGCAGCAUCCCAACAUCCUGCGUCUCUACAACUAUUUCUAUGACCGGAGAAGGAUCUACUUGAUUCUGGAGUAUGCCCCCCGAGGGGAGCUCUACAAGGAGCUGCAGAAGAGCCACACUUUCGACGAGCAGCGAACAGCCACGAUCAUGGAGGAGCUGGCAGAUGCUCUGAUGUACUGCCACGGGAAAAAGGUGAUUCACAGAGACAUAAAGCCAGAGAAUCUGCUCUUGGGGCUCCAGGGAGAGCUGAAGAUCGCUGACUUUGGCUGGUCCGUGCAUGCCCCCUCCCUAAGGAGGAAGACGAUGUGCGGUACCUUGGACUACCUGCCUCCAGAAAUGAUUGAAGGGCGCAUGCACAACGAGAAGGUGGACCUGUGGUGCAUCGGGGUGCUCUGCUAUGAGCUGCUGGUGGGCAACCCGCCCUUCGAGAGCGCUUCUCACAAUGAGACCUAUCGGCGCAUCGUCAAGGUGGACCUGAAAUUCCCCCCUUCUGUACCCAUGGGAGCCCAGGACCUCAUCUCCAAGCUACUCAAGCACAACCCUUCAGAACGGCUGCCCCUGUCCCAGGUCUCGGCCCACCCUUGGGUCCGGGCCCACUCUCGGAGGAUGCUGCCUCCCUCUGCUGUCCAGGCCAUCCCCUGACUUGUCCCUGUGACUUAUUCGGUUGUGUCUGUCUGUUUGCCUCUAUAUGUGUAGUUGGAAGAAGGGGUGCCUGGCCUGUUUUUACCUGUCUUCUACCUCCUUUUUAUUUAAUAAAGGCUGAAACUUUUUAUA